AUGGCGAACGAACAAAAUUUGAUGAAGGCAAACCGACGGAAAAUAUCAAGUCGAAAGCAAAAACAGAUGAAAUUGUUGUUCCCAGUUCAUCAUGCGCAUCGACUUUUGGAACGCGGAAGAUACGCAAAACACUUUACGCGAAAAACAUCCAUGGUGCUUGCAGCUGUCGUCCAAUAUUUUACAUUAGAAUUGCUGGAUUUAUCAGCGAAAAUCGCAUUGAAAUCGGGUAAAAAAUGUAUUCAACCACGAUUUAUACGGUUGGCCAUGCAACUGGACGAUGAUCUCAAUGAAUUAUUUGCCAGUGUUACCGUUGCUCAAGGUGGAGUCGUGCCAGACAAACUAAAAACUUUUUAA